AUGCUCUUCUCAAGACCAGGCCGAUCGAUCUUUCCCCUGCUUCCGCCAUAUGGAGCCCACGAUCCCAACCAUGGUCCCGGGCGUGUGAUACUGCAUCCCGAUGAGAUGACACCAUACCUCGGUCUACGAGCUCGUCUGUCUCAAGUUUGGAUGAACCGAUGGACAAUUCUAUUGUUGUUGGUACUAGCACGAGUCCUGAUAGCCGUUGCAGGCAUGCGGUCAGACAUGGACGGUGCCAAACGCGAAGCCCUAUCUGCCUGUACCGCUGUUGAGUCGAUGGGUAGCUCGAUGGCUUCUAUGCCCCAUUACCUGUCGCGGGGAGUCAAUGAUAUGACCGCCUCGUCGGUUGAGGCAGCCGUAAGCGCGCUCAAGUCGAUGCUCAUGCUCACCGUCAAGGGAGUCGAGGAACUCGUCGUCUUUUUCAUCAAUGUCAUGUAUCAAACCUACCUUUGCUUGUUUACGAUGGUCGUCCGCGGCAGCGCCCACGUCGCACUCAGUUUGAUACAGGAUGUCACCGAUUUCUUGAACUCUACCCUCAAGUCGAUCGGGGACGACAUUGAGAAGGCAGGCGACAAAUUCCAGAGCGCUAUAGACAAGUUCUCGGAAGGCGUAAACACCGUGACGAGUGCAUUGGGGGGAGGAAAUGCUAUCCCGAAAAUUGACUUCGGCGACGAUAUCGAAAAGCUCUCUAAUCUUCAACUCCCCGGGUCCAUCAAUUCUACCAUCGACAAAGUCAACAGUUCGAUCCCCACCUUCGAUGAAGUCAGCAAAUUUGUCGAGAACGUCUUGCGGUUUCCUUUCGAGGAAGUCAGACAUCUCAUCAAUGGGUCCUUGAGCAACUACACUUUCGACCGCUCCGCACUCCCCGUUCCCGCAAAGGAACAGAUGACUUUUUGCAAAGACAACAACGGCAUCAACUCGUUUUUUGAUAACGUCGCUGACCUUGUUGACACGGCUCGCAAAAUUUUCAUUGCGGUGCUCGUUCUCGCCGCUACAUUUGUCUGCCUCCCCGUCGCCUGGUACGAGAUACGCCGAUGGCGAUCUAUGAAAGAACGCUCUGAGCUCGUGCGCAAAGACGCCCACGACCCAAUGGAUGUUGUCUACAUUGUCUCCCGCCCGUACACUGCCGCUGCAGGAAUCAAAGCUGCUAGUCGGUUCAGUAAUAGCCGGCGACAGACCCUCGUGCGCUGGGUCGUGGCCUACGCAACCUCCACGCCCGCCCUCUUCGUGCUCUGCCUCGCCAUCGCCGGCCUCUUCUCCUGCCUCUGCCAAUUCAUUCUGCUGCGUGCCGUCCAGAAGACCGUGCCGGAGCUAACCACCGAGGUUGGUCAAUUCGCUGACAAGGUCGUCACAAAGCUUGAAAAUACAUCCGCCACCUGGGCCAAGGAUGCCAACGGCGUCAUCGGCGACAUGAACCACGACCUCAACACCAAUAUCCUCGGCUGGGUGAACACCAGCACUACCGCCGUCAAUGACACGCUUGACGCUUUCGUCGAGAAAACCAUGGGUGUGUUAAACGACACCUUGGGCGACACAAUCCUCAUCGGUCCCCUGCAGGAUGUCUUCCACUGCCUGAUCGGCCUGAAAGUCGAGUCCGUGCAGAAGGCUCUCACCUGGGUCCAUGACCACGCACAUAUCAAUUUCCCCGUCCUUCCUAGCGACGUCUUUUCGCGGGGUGCCCAAGAAAGCAUCUCCGAUGGCAACGGCGGUGAUGCUUCGAACAGCUUCCUCGCCGACGCAGGGGACUCGACCUCGAACAAGAUCACCGAGGUAGUCAUCCGCGUCAUCAAGAAGAUCGAAGAGGGCAUCCGCACCGAAGCCAUUAUCGCCUCGUGUAUUCUGCUCGUCUGGUUUCUCAACGUCCUCUUCGGCCUCAUCCGUGCCUUGACACUAUUUUGGAAACGAGAACGCAGUCGCGGCGAUGGCGGUGGCGCGCCUGCGCCCCAUCCCGAUCAGAAUGGUUUCAUCGAUGUGCCGCUGACGGCGAUCCCAAAUGUUCAGGCAAACACUAUAGACACUUAUGCUGCGUCAGGGGCCCAGCCGGCGCCAAAAUAUGAGCCUUCUCCUCCCGCAGCUGCAGGUGGAAAUAGCACCGAGUUGAGUCAGUACGAUGAUGAGAAACUGGGAUUUGCAGGCCAGAGGAAUUAUGGUUCCGCGCUGAAUGUAAGGAAGAAUGUUGGAGGGGCCGAUCAGCGAGGAAGCAGUUAUGUCGAAUAUGGCAUGGAGAAACCUGGAGUGGUUUGA